AUGGCCGCCGCCGCCGAAAACGAAAAGUCGGACGUCGAGGCACCCGCCGUCCGCCCGGGGCCCGGAGACGAGAGCGGCACGGCCACGCUACCCAAGGACGACGACGACAACGACGCCGUCGACGGGUGGCGUGGCUGGGUCGUCGUUGCCGCAUCUUCGUGCUCCGUCUUCUGCUACAUGGGCGUCAUCUACUCGUGGGGCAUCCUGCAGGCCGAGAUUGCCCAGCAGACGACACUGUCCCUGACGUCGCUGACCUUUGUCGGCUCCCUUGCCACUUCUUUCUUGGCCUCCAUCAGCAUCCUCGUCGGCAAGGCUAUCCGCCGCUAUGGCUAUGGCAAGACAGCCUUUGCCGGCGCCUUUCUCCUCGGCUUGGGCGAGUUUCUGUCCAGCUGGGUUGUCGACCGGCUCGGCGCCCUCGUUGUCACGCACGGCAUCCUCUUUGGCGUCGGCGGAGGCCUGACCAUCCUGCCGUGCACGACCGCGUCGCUCAAGUGGUUCCGCAAACACCAGGGCCUGGCCGUUGGCGUCGUCUUUGGCGGCAGCAGUCUCGGGGCUGCCGUCAUGGGCGUCGCCACCCACCAGCUUGUCCGCCAGGUCGGCAUUCCGUGGACCUUUCGCAUCUUGGGCUUCCUGCUGUGGGCCGUCUGUCUUCCAGCCGCCUGCUGCAUCGGCCAGGCAUCUUCGACCAGAGACUCGAUUCCGCGCAUCCAAUGGUACCGAUGGAAGGAUCCCGAGUUCCACCUCUUGUUUGUCGGUUCGGCCAUAGCCUGCUUCCCGCUCUUCAUCCCGCCCUACUUCAUCCCCGUCUUUGCCCGGUCCAUCAGCCAGUCCAGCUCCACCGGCAUCAUUGCCCUGACCAUCUGGAACAUCUCGUCAACCGUCGGCCGCAUAUUUGCUGGCUUCACCGCAGACUCCUUUCUCGGCCCCAUCAACAGCAUGAUCAUCGCCAUCCUCUUCUGCAGCGUCAGCGCACUGGCCAUCUGGCCCUUUGCGUCCAACAUGGGCAUCCUCUCCCUGUUCUCCGUCAUCAGUGGCAUCGGAUGCGGCUCAUUCUUCAGCCUGUUUCCCACCGUCAUCAGUUCCGUGUUUGGGCGGCAAAACGCAAUGGGCGUGCUGCCCAUGUUGUGGGCUGGUUGGUUUUUCGGGUAUUUCUUUGGCACGCCCAUAGCUUCGCGCCUGUACGCAUUGGCAGGAACCGAGGCCGAUACAACCGAGUAUCGGCCAGCGGCAUAUUACGCCGGGGCCAUGUCCCUGAUUGGCCUCUUCUUCAUGAUUGCUCUCCGGCUGAGGCGCACCAAGGAGCUUUUCAUCCGUGUGUGA